GCGGGAAGCGCAUGGCAACCAACCGCCGACGAGCCCGAGGCGGCGAGGCGGCGGCGGCUUCGCUCGCCUCGGCCGGGUUUGAUCCGAGCCUCCGCUUCUCUUCCUCUUCUCCCACGCUUCUGUGUUUCAAGCACGCGACGUCACGAGCGGCUCACGUGCCAUCUCAUCUAUCUAUCUCUCUCCUCCUCCUCCCGCUUCGUCUCUCUCUAUCUAGAGCCGUACAGCUUCCCGCCGCGCGCCGCCGCGCCGCCGACGAGCGGGGCGACGAUGUCUCGCCGCGCACUCGGCUCCGCGUUCUCCGGGUUCACGCGGACCCCCACUAUGACGCCGACGACCACUUUGCCUUCCUCGUGCGCGUCCUCGGCGCUCCUCCUGCGCUGGCGCCGGAGCCGGAGCGGAGGUGUUGCAGGGACACGGCGGUUCGCGUCCGCCCGCAACGCGCGGAUUAGCAUGAGCCUCCGCGCCGGCAUCGUCGGCCUGCCCAACGUCGGCAAGUCCACCCUCUUCAAUGCCAUUGUUGAAAAUGGGAAGGCACAAGCUGCAAACUUUCCCUUCUGCACCAUAAACCCAAACGUUGGCGUUGUGGCUAUUCCAGAUGCUCGGUUGCAUGUGCUCUCAAAACUAAGCAAGUCUCAGCAGACGAUCCCAACAUCCAUAGAGCUUGUUGACAUUGCUGGUCUCGUCAAGGGAGCAAGCAAAGGAGAGGGACUAGGAAAUCAAUUUCUUUCCAACAUCCGUGAGGUUGAUUCCAUACUUCAGGUUGUCCGAUGUUUUGAAGAUGAUGAUAUUGUUCAUGUGAAUGGGAAAGUUGAUCCCAAGUCAGAUAUUGAUGUAAUUAAUCUGGAGCUUAUAUUUUGUGAUCUUGAACAGAUAGAGAAAAGACUUGAUAAGCUUAAGAAAAGCAAAACUAAAGACCAACAAGUAAAGGUGAAGGAACAAGCAGAGAGAACAGGAUUAGAAAAAAUUCAGACUGUACUUAUGGAUGGAAAACCUGCUAGGUCGGUUGAUUUGGCUGACCAUGAGAAAGAAGCUAUCCAACACCUUUGUUUGCUAACUAUGAAACCUGUCAUUUAUGUUGCCAAUGUAACUGAAUCUGAUCUUGCUGAACCUGAUAACAACCCUCAUGUCAAAGAGGUGGCCAAACUGGCCACAGACUUGGAAUCUGGCAUGGUUACAAUAUCAGCUCAGGUUGAGGCUGAACUUGCUGAACUGCCAUUAGAAGAGAGAGUCGAGUAUCUAAAGUCCCUUGGUGUUACUGAAAGUGGACUGGGAAAUUUGGUAAAGGCAACAUAUGACCUUUUGGGAUUAAGAACUUAUUUCACAACUGGAGAUAAGGAAACAAAAGCUUGGACUAUUCUAGCAGGCAUGACUGCACCUCAAGCAGCAGGAGUUAUUCACAGUGACUUUCAGAAAGGCUUUAUUAGAGCUGAAACCGUAUCCUAUGAUGAUUUUGUCGCGGCUGGUUCUCUUGGAGCAGCAAGGGAGAAGGGACUGUUGAGGUUGGAAGGGAAGGAUUACAUCGUGAAGGAAGGAGAUGUCAUGCUCUUCCGAUUCAACGUUUGACAACACAACUCAACAAUAGUAGCAAUAAGUUAUCCAAUACAUAUACUCGAAUUUUGCACGAGGCAUAGAAACAGAGGAUCUUGUCCUUGAGACAUCAACUGUACUCGGCGUUAUUCGAAUUUUGUGGCGUCAUUGGUAAUUUGUAAAUCACUCGAGAUAAGCUCUAAACGAAUUAUUAGUUAUAAUUCGACGUAUCGUUAUAUACUGUUAGUUGAGCAUUGUGAACUUCUACGAAAUUUGAUGCGAUUCUUUUUUAC